GAUAAAAGAAAAGACUUGUUUUAUUGUGGAUAUCUGAGAAGAAAUAUGAUAUUUUCUCUUUAUAUUAUUAAUAAAGCUGGUGGACUUAUUUAUCAAAAAGAUUUUAACGAGGGACUUUUGAGACUAGGCUCAAAUGAUUACUUAGUUCUUGCAGGAAUUUUCCAUGGAAUACAUGCUAUUACAGCUAAAAUAUCCCCAUUAGCGGGUUUAAGCGGACUCGAAGUAUUAGAGGCACAAACUUUUCAUUUACAGUGUUUUCAAACACUUACAGGAAUUAAGUUUUUAUUAAUUACAGAGCCUCAACAGCCUAACGUAGACGCACUGAUGAAGAAAAUAUAUGAGCUUUAUGCAGAUUAUGUUAUGAAAAACCCAUUCUAUAAAAUGGAAAUGCCAAUUAGGUGUGAACUUUUUGAUAUUAAUGUAACUGCUGCACUUAAACCAAUAUUAUAAAAGUUUAUUGUAUUUUUAUUAUUCUAUUUAAUAUAGAAUAGGUUA